CGGAAGUCAGGUGUCAUCCCUCCCCCGCUCUCUGCUCAGAAGCCCGCGCGCCAACUCUCGAGAGUGAGAGCCCGAUCCGGCCACGCUCGUAUUCAAAUCCUGUGGCGAUUCCUCCCGAUUGUGGCGCGCAGCUCCAGCCUCCGCAACCAUAAAUUGCAUUCUGUUGCCUGUUGCGUCGACUUCGAUUUCAUCUACGAGCUGCGUUUCGAGCUGGAGAGGAGUGACAGUCUGCGGAGUGUGAGCUGAGCGCGAGCUGGAGCUGAGCCGAGUGUGAGGCCGUCGUCUCGAGGAAGUGGUCGAUUUGUUGUGAGGCCGUCGGAGAUAAUGGCUCAAAAGGAGGGGGAGAAGUCUUCGAAAGGGAGGGCGGAGAAGAAGCCCGCAGGCAAGACCAUAAGGCCGAAGGGGGAGAAGAAGCCCAUGAGCAAAGAGGGCGGAGCGACGAAGGAUCUGAAGAAGAAGAAGGUGAAGAAGGGUAUGGAGACCUACAAGAUUUACAUCUACAAGGUUCUCAAGCAGGUCCACACCGAAAUGGGAAUCUCUUCCAAGGCUAUGGGGAUCAUGAAUUCGUUCAUCAACGACAUUUUCGAGAAGCUGGCGCAGGAGUCCGCGAGGUUGGCCCGGUACAACAAGAAGCCCACCAUCACUUCCCGCGAAAUUCAGACGGCGGUCAGACUCACACUACCAGGGGAGCUGGCGAAGCACGCCGUCUCGGAAGGAACGAAAGCCGUCACUAAGUUCACGAGCGCCUGAGCUUUCUGCCAGCAACCUUCAUCCCUACCGCAUCGAGCUGUCGCCGACAUGGCUCACUGAAGGGUGCUUUGUGUUUUCCAGCAAUGCGGCUUCAACCUGCUUUCGUGUAGUCCUUCCUCGCACGCAGAUUCGAGCGGUACCAGCUCGGAGGAUGUCACACGGGAAACCGGCCUUUCUACGCUUUCUCCGAAGUCCACGAGCGUAGGUGCCGACUUUUGACACAGUGCAGAGUGCUGAUCCUCAGCAUCAUGAUUUACAUCGACGGGAAUCACUUUUGGCUUUUGAGUCCGUCCUGGAGCAGGCUUUGCCAACUCCAACUCAACGCCGCGCUGAAGUGUAGGUGGUGUCAUUUCUCGAUUAUUGGAACCUGUCUAGCCAUUUUGUAUAUUGGUCUCCGCAACCUUUGUAGAUACCCUUUCCGAGAGGCUGUGUGUCUUCUCGACGCACCGAGGCCCACAUGUCCGUGUCAUGAUCGCAGAGUUGGUAAUCUACUCUAGUGUAUUGUUGCUCGCCAGGAUCCUGUUAUACCCUUGUUACGGGUAAACAAAUGUUCGUCUUUCAAUUUGAUCAAUAUCUAAUUCAGAUUU